AUUCUAUAAUGAAUUAAACUCUAAAAUUAAUCUACAGCCCUGAAACAUAUGAAAAGAUAACAAAAAGUAAUAUUCUAAUAAUUGGUGUGGGAGGAAUAGGAUGUGAAUUAUUGAAAGUCUUAACAAAUAGUGGUUAUAGAAAGAUGACUAUACUGGAUUUGGAUACAAUCGAGGCAACUAAUUUAAAUAGAUAAUUCUAUUUUAGAAAGGAGCAUGUUGGAAUGAGCAAGGUAUUUUAAGAUGUAAAAGUAGUCUUUAGUAGGUAAAGAAAGUGUAAUGAGAAAACAUCCCGAUUUGGAUAUUACAGCAAUACAUGGAUCAAUAUUUGAUGGUAUUAUUAAUAUAUAAACUAGAAUAAUAUGAUGUUGAGUUUUACACAUAAUUUGACUUUGUGUUGUGUGCAUUAGAUAAUGCUUUAGCUAGAGAACAUUUAGGAAGAAUGUGUUUAAAAAGUAAUAGAAUAAUGAUUGAUGCAGGAACAGGUGGGUUCAGUGGAUAAGUAAAUGUUAUUAAACGAUGUAUAUAUUUAUUAUUAGAUUAAUAGUUUUGCAUUAAUGCAAUAAUUGUUAACCUUCUAAAGGAGCACCAUAAUUUGCUGUUUGUACUAUUAGAGCAAGUCCAUCUUAACCAAUUCAUUGUGUUACUUAUGCUAUGGCUUUAUACAAUUUAUUAUUUGGACCAUUGGAUGAAUCAAAUGUUUUAGCAGGAUUAUUAGAUUUGGCUUAAAUUUAAUCAUGCGAUAAAAGUGAUGUUGAAUUGUUGAAAUCUUUAGGUAUUCGAACAUUCAAUAAAUUAUUUUAUGAUGAAAUUAAACAAGGUUUAAAAGGAUAUUCAAAAGAAGAGGAUGCUAAUGCCAUUAAUCAAAAUAAAUAUCCAAUAUCUUAUGAAGAUGGAAUGUAAAAUCAUGAAGUUUAUACAAAUAUAGAUUAAUCUAAAAUUGAUUAAGAAGAUGAUAAAGGUAGAUAUUUAACUAAUCAUUUAGUUUAACCAUUUAGCUAUUAUGUAGAUUAGUUUGUAUUAAAUUUUGUUAAAAUUAUGUAAACUCCAGGUGUAGGUUCAUUUAAAUUUGAUAAAGAUGACUGGGAUAGUGUAAGAUUUGUAGCAGCCACAACUAAUAUGAGAACAUUUAACUUUACUAAAAAAUUUAAAAAUCUUGAUCCAAGAUUAGUUGAAGGAGAUAAAAUGAAAUACUUGAGUGUUAAUUAAGUUAGAAGUUUGGGAGGAAAAAUUAUUCCUGCUAUAGCAAGUACAAAUGCAAUUGCUGCUGCUAUAUAAAUUUCUGAAGCUUAGAAAGUUUUAGAGGAGAGAUGGGGUAAAUUAAGAAUGAAUUGGAUUCAACCAACAUAUGAGAAGAUUGCUCCAACUUUUCUUCCAGAACCAUACAAUACUUGUAAUCAUUGCAGUCAUAGAAAUGUUUAUAUGCAUAUAUAUUGCAAUUUUGAUACAACAAAAUUUGCAACAGUAGUAUAAUUGGCCAAAAGCUUUGGUUUGAAUGAUUAUGAUAUUUGUGGGUUUUCUGGAACAGUUUAUGGUUUGAAUAAUAAGUAAAUGAAGAGAGACGGAUGCAAUGAAAGGAAUUACAAUAAAAUUUUGUCUAAAUUUUAUUAAAGAGAAAAGCCAUAUUCAAAUUUAAUAUAUUCUAUCUAUGAACAAACAUCAGGAAAAAAAUAUUAUUGGUAAUUAGGAUGCAAAUAUGAAUUUAUACUUAUGCAUAGACCCGAUGUUGAAAUACCUCAGAUUUCCAAAAAGACCUAAUUAGAGGAUUCUUUCUAAUAGUUGAGAACAUUGAGGAUACAGAGACAUGAAGAACUAAAUUAGAUGAGAUUAAGCAAUUUAGAGAGAUUUUCAUUUUGAGAUGAG